GGAACACAAACAUAUCGGGAAUCGACACCUUACAAAAACAAGAACGUGAAAAUGAUGAGGCGCACGUUCUUGUCGCGGUCCAAGAAGUUUGACGUGUGUGUACUCGGCGGUGGCCCCGCCGGAAUUGCCGCCGCCAUCCGCGCGUAUGAGGUUGGCAAAAAGGCUUGUAUCAUUGAAGAAGCCCGAAUCGGCGGGGCAGAUUUCUGGAACGGUUCUUUGCAAUCAAAGACACUCUGGGAAAUGGCCAAAUUUGCACGCUAUACGAGCGGAAACACCUCUCAGCGCUUUAUGAAAAUUAUUCAUGAGCUUCCUCCCAUUAAGCACGAGAACCUCAUAAAAGCUAUCGACCAUGCAGCGGAGACACGUGAGGCACAGGUGCUGGAGUUGAUGAAGAACUCUGAGAUUGAGCUCAUUAACGGUUCUGGCUCUUUCAAGACUCCUAACUUGGUCGCCGUUGCCAAAAAGGACGGGUCAAAAGAACUAGUUGAGGCAGAUUACUUUGUCAUCGCAACUGGGGCGAAGCCACGACCGCAUCCGACCGCAAUCGCAGAUGGGAAGGUCGUCUUCACGUCUGACGACAUCAUGUACCAGCCGCUGCCCAAGAGCAUUGUCAUCAUUGGCGCCGGUGUCAUCGGCUGCGAGUUCGCAUCCAUUUUUGCCAACUUUGGCGAAACGCAAGUCAACAUUAUCGAAAAGAGCAGCCGUAUUCUGCCGAUGGAGGACGAAGAUAUUUCCUUGUUCGUUCAGACACUUCUCGAACAAAAAGGAGUGUGUUUCCAUCACCACUCAGCACUGGAAGCCAACAGCGUUAAGGACGGAAAAUUCUGCUACACUCUGAGAGACCUGCGGGACAAUUCCCUGCACGACCACGUUACAGACAGCGCCCUCGUCUCGAUUGGACGCGUACCAAAAAUGAGCAAGUUGAAUCUAGAGGGACUUGGCGUGAAAGUGGAUCACAAUCGCGUCGAGCGCGACGAUUUCCUCCGAAUUACGCCUUUCAGGCACAUCUACGCCUGCGGCGACGCUUGCACAAGAGUAGCUCUUGUGAAUGUGGCUGAACUCGAAGGCCGUGCAUGCAUUGAGCACAUGUACACACCGCUUCCUGAAGAUCAGCUGAAGCUGAAACUCGACAAUCUGUCUACGAUCAUGUUUUUGGAUCAAGAGGUAGCUGCGGUAGGCCUCAACGAGCAGCAAUGCAAAAAGGCGAAGAUCGGCUACAAAAUGGCGCGGUACAGCUAUGAGUACGUUGGCCGAGCUUUGGCGAUGGGCAACACUCGCGGCUUUAUCAAGCUCGUGGUGACAAACGACAGGAAGAUGCAAGUGCUCGGCGUGAGAGCUGUUGGCCCGCACGCGAGCAGUAUUAUCGAACUCGCUUCUCUAGCCAUUCACAACCGAGAGUCUGCGUACAACUUGCGGAACUUGCACACCGCCUAUCCUGCAAUUACACAAGGUUUCCAGGAAUGCCUGCACAUGCUUCUUGGAUCAUCCAUUUUGAAACCUGGAGUCUUUCCCAAUCUCGUUAUUCAGGAAUGGAAUCCUCCGAACUUUGAGCACGGUCGUGCGUACGCAAAUUGA